AUGCCUCAGGGAAGUCAGGACUCGCCAUUGUUAGCCUUGAGGUCAACUGGCAGAGAUGAAUUUCCUUCUGCUACUGCUACGUCGCAAGCUAGCCAAUACGCGAACACUUCACGUCAAUCACAGAACUCAGCAAGUCACUGUGAACAUGAUCUGUAUGAGCGGCCCGGCGAACUUCCAGAGGAUCCUAUCAUCAUCACAUCGAACCCCCCCAAAUCGAACUAUUCCCCCAAUGCCGCCCCAUCAGCAACCAAUAAUUACUUUCCGAUAGAUAGCGUUCAUUUUCCAGGACUAAGGACAGGUGACGUUGUCAUCCCUCUUACCUUUCUGAACAACUUUGCCUUCAACAAUGACCCUCCUGAAGCACGCCAUGCCAAGUUUGUGAAGCACGUAUUGCAACACCUCUUCACUAGUCAAGAUCGAGAGGAAUUUAAGCUUGGCGGCACGGUCUUCGAAAUAGUUCAUCUGCACACAGAGAAGCUCGUCGUCGCCGGCGAUCCUUUUCAUGUUCUUCUAUACGAAGAAAAUGGAAUGCUCCGGAUCAUGGACCUUCACGACCUUAAUGCCCAGCGCGAGGAAGAGCUUAGUCACGACCAAGGUGAAGCUGCGCUCAUCAAACGCGCCUUGAUUGCACACCGCCAAGAUAGACUUUCUCACCCCGUUCCUAUUGAUCCUAAGGGAAAGAAGCGGAGUAACGAAGACCUAGACAUGCCAUCGCUCCGAAGAAUUGCCAAAUAUGCGGAAAGGAUGGAAGAGCAGGAAGCCACAGAAUUGGUCCCCUCAACAGCUCACUCCACAGACCAGCAGGACAACCAUAAAGCUGUGAGCGAACCUGCGCACUCUUUUCUGCAAGUCCGGUUUCGAAAGUGUAGCCAAGCAGCCCGGGUUCUACGACUUGUUUACAGUAGGCUUAAGAAAGCAGAUCUUAUACCGACAUUGUUGAAAGUUUCGGCAACUAGUCGACGACUUAAGAGAGGUGAAAUCUCCGAUGUCAUUACAUGUGUAAUCGAGUCUCAUAGAGCCGCAUGGGAAGUCAUAGACAAGCCGUAUGCACGUGCCGAGCAAGAAUACCGAUAUCGCCAAGGAGAGGCAGUUCCAGACGGUGACCGGGGACAUGGUCUUCUAACAGAAGCUUUUUCUCGGGUGGCCCAUCUUAAGACUCGUCUGUAUUUGUAUAUCACCGCCAUUGAAGGUCAAAGCUGGAGUGGUACCUUCCAAAUUCAAAAGCAAUGUGAGACCAUCGGGAGCACUGUGAAGAGCCUCGAGCUUGCUCAGUGGUGGCUCGGUGAGUUGACGUGCCAAGAAGAGCUGGCAAACUCACGCAAAGAGAAAGCGCACAACGUUUCCCGCAAGCUUCGAAAGACGUACCAUAUUGGAUCUACAGAUGAUUCCCAGGCCACUGAAGCCAUAACAGAAGAUCUGAUUGGUAUUCUGUAUCAUGACCGCAAGAGUUCUGAAGACUCUAUUCAGUUCUCUAGCAACGAGCAGGUGCCAUCUGGCAAUCCCUUUACAAAUCUACCUAGAAACUGUCAUCUGGACACUCCACCAGCAGCCAUGAAUGACAAUCUUGGGGAAAGGCCCGUCUCUUCAUCAGUUUCUGACGAGGUCGCUGCCAAGGCAAACAGGUCUUCGAGCAAUCACACUAUUGCCACCACUGAACCUGGAAAUAGUGGUUCGAAACCAUACUGGGAUUCAUCGGCAGCUGAAAUUGAGGCCUGGGACGUUGGUAAACUUCCGUCAUUUCGAAAUUUCAGAUUCCUGACAAAAUUGGUACACACUAUUCCGAAACAUGUUGUGAAAGACCUACAGUUACUAUUUCGCAACACUGGUGAUUCAAAAAGAGUGCGGGCUGAUAGUUGUGCUCGACUCAUUGUAUUGCUUAUGCACGGACAGCGCCCUUGUGAUCCAUCGGAAGAGGCCACAAGGACGGUAAUUCAUAUCCGGAUGGCCUAUGAGACCGGCGACACUGGUCUAUUAUUCAACCCCGACACACAACCUGACUACGAUGGUUUUCUUCGCGGUAUUGGCAGGUCUAACACCCUUCGGGUUUGGCGCGUCUUUCUCGAUAUCUUUGUGAACGUUUUGCAUGCAUGGAAGGAACCAACAGCUGCCUACGCGAAUCUUCACUCCUCUGAGAACCCAAUGCCGACUAUGGACCCUCCCAGUCGUCGUUCGCUCAAUUCUUACUUUCGCGUUGUUGGAACAUUGACCGACGAUAUGGCCAAGAACCAAUCUAUAGCAUUGGAGCGGUUCCAGAGUCACAUGCGUGACAGGGAACCCGAUUCAGAAGACAUUGAAGAACUACUGGAAAAGCGCCCAGAGUACCGAGACUAUGAACAUGACCUAGUCGUCCUUAAUCCGAUGGCUAACGUAGAUGAGUACGUUGUAAUGUCUCAGGACAAGAAAACUUCUAGAGACCCGCCGUUGAAACGCCACCAGGUUGAGGGACUGCGUUUCCUUUGGCGAGAGAUCGUCGAGGCGAAGGAACAAGAAGGAUGCUUGCUUGCUCAUACAAUGGGUUUAGGAAAGUCUCGGCAGAUCAUCGAAUUCCUCCAAGUCCUACAGGAGUCUGCCAAUUCUUCUAAUACGAAUAUAGCACAACUCGUACCGCCACAUCUUUCAGAAGUCCGAGCUUUGCUACUCUGCCCAGCAUCCGUUGUGGAGAACUGGUUUCAUGAGCAUAAUAAAUGGGGUAUCGAAUUAGAAGUCGUCGGCGGUCAUAUUAUCCAUACUAUCAAAGCUAUGGGAGGUACGUCACUUACACAGUUGAGAUUAGACAAGAUAAGAUACUGGAACACUCACGGUGGGCUGUUGAUCCUGAGCUAUGACAUGUUUGUCGGCUACACCAAGCCGGCGGCAGAAAGUGAUACCGUCUGGAAGCCAACUGCGCCAAGAGCGAAACCUGAAAGCCAAAUGACCCAAAAGCAACGCGACAAUAAAGCGGCGCGAGAAAGUCGUGCAAAGAACAAAGCCGUCAAAGAGGAAAUACAACUUGAAGAGAUCAAGACGCUGCUUCUCGACGCUCCAAAUCUGGUCAUCGCAGACGAGUCGCAGAGGCUGAAAAACAUGGACUCAGUAAUUGCACAGUGUGCUAGCAGAUUUCGAACCAAGAGUCGAAUAGCUCUCACCGGUACUCCGCUCUCUAACAACUUGGGAGAAUAUUACUCCAGCAUCAAUUGGAUUGCGCCCGGAUAUCUAGGUGACGCUCAAGAUUUCAAGAGGCUGUACCAAAGACCAAUCGAACAAGGUCUCUACAAGGACAGUGGGAAGGCAUUAUUCAAGAGAUCUCGAGAAGUUCUGACCGUGUUGAGGGAAACCAUCCGUCCAAAAAUUCAUCGCCGCGAGAUUACAUCAUUAGAGGAACACAUCCCCGGCAAAGUUGAGUUCAUUAUCACGCUGCCACUUACGCCUAUCCAACGUAAAACAUACACCGACUUCGUCAGAGGACUUCAUUGCGAUGAGACAGAGAAUAACUUCCGCAUCUUCGGCUGGCUCUCCGCCCUGGCAUAUUUGAACACGCAUCCUCAGUUUUUCCUAGAGAGACUAAAGGAACGCAAGCGCAUACAACGCGAGGCCGCUAUUCCCGCCAUGACUACGAGAGACAGUCAUGGCCGCCUACCCGACGUCAACUUGGAAAGUGAUACACCACUCGCACUAUCGUCAUUGUCCAUCCCACCAAGGCUUAUGGAUACACUCGAGAAAGAUCUAUCGGCGGUAGCAGACUUGGAAAGCUCUGUAAACUCAUGGAAACUUGAAAUGCUUCUAGAGAUUCUUCGGUAUUGCUCAACCAUUAAAGAUAAAGUAUUGGUAUUCAGCCAAUACAAGACGACCCUUAGAUUCCUUCAGCGACACAUAGAGAACAUCAAUCUCCCGUGUUUCGUCCUGGAUGGAGAUGUGUCUCAUGAGAAGCGUCUUGAAGACAUCCAUGAGUUUAAUACGAGCGUUGAUUGGUCCGUCUACCUUGUUUCAACGUUGGCUGGAGGCACAGGCCUCAACAUGUAUGCUGCUAACCGGGUCAUUACCUUCGACCACCACUUCAAUCCCGCCAUGGAGGAGCAGGCCAUCGGGAGAGCAUAUCGUCUUGGCCAGACGAAGAAGACGUUCGUUUAUCACCUCGCUCUAGGUAAUACGUUCGAGACUGCGCUGCACAUCACGCAAGUGUACAAGCAGCAGCUUGCGGCACGGGCUGUGGAUGGUCAGGCGCCGUUGCCUCAAGCAAACCACGUCAAGGAGUACCUUUUCGUACCGGUUGAGGACGGUGAUCCUGGCUCCAUUGUCUGCGCCGGCGCGGAUGAGAGCGUGUUGGGGCCGAUCUCGGCCGUCAAAAAGAUCCCCAUCUUGGGGGUCCUGACGACGGACGAGUAUCGGCGCCUCAACCCAGAGGAGGCGGUGGAUGACGGGCCGGAGAGUGUGGCGGUGGAGAUGGGGAAGUGGGGGGGAAGUGAGAUGGUGUUGGCCCUGCGGAGGAGGGCCGGGGAGGGGAUGGAGGAGGAAGGAAGAGAGGAGACCGGGGCCCCAGCGGUCCUAGACUCCGAGUCUAUGGAGGAGGACUUAGAUAUCUAG